CAAGCCAGCUAACAACUAUCACUAGUAGUACAUGCAGUGAGCAGUUGAAGGACAGUCAAGAGAGAGAUACUGUAAAAAGCAGCUGCAUCAUCGUCAGGAUUUGAAUUUAGAAAGACACGUGGAAGAUACAAGAAGACCACCAUAUAACAGAAACGAUUGCAACUGCUAGCUGACUGUGUACAAGAAUCAGUAUACGUGGUCUCGCAAUAGAGCUAAGCUACAAAAUGAAGAGCCCAGCCAUCUACUCACUACUGUGUUUGCUACUUCUCCAUGCAGUUUACAGCCAGAUCUCAUUCAUUGGUCCAGUAGAAACAUUGGAGACAUUACCAACAAGUUUGGGUGGCAUACAGGCAUUAACACUUCUUGAUUUCAAUUUGCUACCAUUGACUCUACAUCAAGAGAAUUAUACCUCAACAUGGACUCUACCUAAUGGGGAAAUGGUAUCUAUGGAAAAUCAAAGUCCAAAUAAUAAUAUUUUAGUCAUACAAGGACGAAUUCCUAUAAAUGCUACUACAAAUGGGCCAAGCACAUCUCUACUGGUUCAUGGCCUGUCCUACACUGAUGCUGGUGUGUACAGAUGUAGUGUACAGGACGACCGCAACCCAGGCUCUCCACCAAUAGAAGGAACAAUAGAGCUAAGGCUGACACUAACACUAACGGCUAUAAACUCAAGUGUGACAAUAUUGGACAAUGCUUCAUUUGUGGAACUAAGAUGUGAUAUGAGCAACUACAUUCGACCUGACGAUCAACUGCAAUGGUUCAGAGAUGGAGAAAUGAUAACUUCAGGAAAAGAUAGACGACAGAUCACUUUCAUGAAUGGAAAUGCCAAUCAAGGACAGUUUGGAGAUCUUUCAACCCAAUCAUCGAGAGUUUCGAUGCUCACAAUCUCAAACCCUAUUUUAAGUGAUACUGGAACGUACAAUUGCCGUGUCAUAGGGACCACAGAAUCUGUUGAUAUUGAACUACUUGUUCAGAGCUCAGCUAUAGCUACAAACCCUACAACACAAGGAAUAACUUCGUCUACACCUGUUACAGAAUCGACGUUUCCCCUCCCCGCCCUAAUCGGAGGAAUAGCUGGAAUAUUGGCACUCAUUGUCCUCAUACUCGUCAUAGUAAUCGUGGUGGUUAGUAUAAAACGAAGAAAGAUGGGAAAACUACCGUCACAUGUGAACGAUUUCGAAGAGAACGGAGCGUAUGCUUCAACGAGCAACGGAGGCUCUCACAACGGUAGCAUGGCGAUUAUCCCAAACUACGCCAAGAUAGACAAGUUCUCACCCCCUCCCCUCCCAGCACGACCAUCCACAAACUUAAGUAUGAGUGGUGCCAACUCCGUCAACUCGUUCGAACCAGACCCCCCAGAUUACGCAACCCCAGACCUCCCACACAGAACAGAAAACUACGAUCCCUACUAUGACGACCCACAACAACUCAAAGCAGAAGCAAGCAAAAAGUUUUUCGCUCCUAGUCCGAGGAAAAGCACCUCCAAAAAAACAUACUAUGACGAUGUGGAUAUAGUUGUUGGACCAUCUUCGGUUCCUGAUCCUAAUCCAUACGAUAUGUCCACCGUUCCCUCGCCAGCUGACAUUCUCAACGGCUCCAUGCCUCGGAUUAACACUGCUUCGAAUCGCAGCCCCGAUUUCUCGUACCCAAUUUACAAUGCUGGUAUCCCGAUUUCAGAUUUAAACACAGACCACGAUUACGAUCAAAUCUACAGCGAGCCAAUUGAUCCCACUCUGAUUAGAAGUGAUUUUGAAUUUGAUGCCGGUAGCCAGGAAGCAAUCCCUUACAGUGCAAUAUACGAGGACCCCCUACCCUUGCAAGAGGGUGUGGCUCCGCUAUUGGUCACCCAUGAUAACAUACAAGAAGUGAAAAAUCUCGGAAUGGGCCAGUUUGGAAAUGUGAUUCUUUCCAGAACCAUUGGUCUCAGUUUGAAAGACAUGAAGUUGAGCGAGACUGACAAUGAUCGAAACAUCAGCAUUCUAGUCGCUACUAAAAGGCUAAAGCUAAAUCCGGAAAACGGUAUGACGGAGAAUUUCAACAAGGAGGUCAAGUUCAUGGCCAGGCUUAUGCACGACAAUGUCAUUCGUCUUCUGGGGGUGUGUCAUGGGGCGGAGUCUUUCAUAAUGAUGGAGUACAUGGAGAACGGAGAUCUGAAUCAGUUUCUGCAGAAACAGCAACUGAUGCCCGACACAAUCAGUGGCUUGCAAGAAAAUGAGGUCACUCCAAUUAUCCUCCUCUAUAUUGGAGUCCAGAUAGCUAGCGGGAUGCACUACCUUGCCUCACACCGAUUCGUGCACCGUGAUCUAGCCACCCGAAACUGUCUCGUGGGAAAAGACUUUGUCGUCAAGAUUUCAGAUUUCGGAAUGAGUCGAAGCCUCUACGAGUCCGCUUAUUAUCGAGUACAAGGCACUCUUGUAUUGCCUAUUCGAUGGAUGGCAUGUGAAACCUUUUAUGGAAAGUUCUCGGUGAAAUCAGAUGCUUGGGCUUUCGGAGUGGUGCUAUGGGAGAUAUACACGCUAGGUAAAGUCGACCCAUAUGAUCACAUGACUGAUGAGGAGGUUAUCGCUGACGCUAUUCGAGGUCCAGAUCGAGUGCUGCCCAUACAGUCAAAGAGAUGCCCCCAAGAGGUGUAUGACAUCAUGCUGCGUUGCUGGGUCCACGAACCAUCGAUGAGAGCUGAUUUUGGGGAAAUCUACUCAAGACUAUUUAUGAUCUACACUAGACAGGCUUUAUAAAAAGCACUCUACUCUGUAAUGAAUUCUGUACUUUAUCUAUAGACAAUUUGUGUUUUAUACCUAAAUAUGAUGUCUAUGUACCUAUUAUCAUUCGUCAGGCAAAA